CUACAAUGGGAAUGCAGUUCUUCCGACUUGUAAUCGUAGCCCUAACGGCUCAAGGACUGGAAAUCAACACCAGCAAUAACAAGUUUGUGGAGAAGGCCGUGGGAGAGGACGUGAAGCUCGGCUGCUUCUUCACUACUGGCCCGAAGGAUGAAGGAAUGUUGGAGAUCGAAUGGACUGUGAAGUCCAUACGCCACCCAAUGGAACGGGCAACGGUCCUCUGGUAUACGGCUGAGCAUAUCUACGACAAUCUUUAUGAACAUCUAAAGGGAAGAGUCUACUUUGACGCACAGGACCCUCAGCAAGGAGAUGCCGCCAUUCAUCUUCUGCAGCUGACUCGCAAAGACACCGGCAUCUACUAUUGCCAGGUUAAGAAGCUUCCAGGCAUCCAAAGCAUCAAGACAGUCCUCAGAGUGCUGGAACGGCCAUCAAAGCCCAAGUGUAAUUACACUCAGGGGGGCGGAGAGUUUGGCAAAACCAAAGUGCUACAUUGUGGAUCUGAGGAAGGUGCACCACCUAUCCGGUACCACUGGUCAAGAUUGCCACCCUGGGAACUCCUAUCCUCCUUGGCAGUGUUGGAUCAAAGGGCAGGCACACUCACCAUUCCAGAUUUCAGCGAGAGCGAUACAGGAAGUUACAAAUGUGUUGCGAUCAAUCGUGUCGGUCAGGAGAAGUGCAUCCUAAAAGUGAACAUACCGCAUCCUCCAUCGGUGGGAAUUAUUGCAGGAUCUGCGGCGGCCGCUGUGGCAACCAUCGGGAUCAUCGCUUACCUCACAUACUCUAUCAUACGGCGUCGUCAACCAAAGUUAGAAAAUUCCAAUGAGAUCGUUGAGGAUGCGAGUCCCCCAACACCCCGCAAGAUAAUGAAGACCAAGAGGAGGAAGUCGGACAAAGCACUUGUCACAAUGAAGCGUGGUUGCAGCACAGACAACACAGUCAUCGCUGGUGGUGUCAAAGGUGCAGUCAGAGAGAAAAAGUUAAUGCGUGGUGCAUGGUGCAGGGUGCACGGCCUGAGUGCUUGUCCGUUCAUGAUGUCAGACAACAAUAAGUUGAACAACGCCGCCGUGUCUUGGAAAGAGCCCUGCCCGGGACUCGGAGGCAAACCUGCGAAUCCUCCUGACUCCCCAGUGCCCGAGAUGCCUGAGACUGGAGUGGAAUCCCCGAGCUCCGGCAAGGUUGCUGAUGGCAAGCAGAGGUCAACUCGUUCACUUCCUGAGUCAACAGGAGAACACUUCCUGUGUCAACAGCAAGUCGUCCAUUACAGUGGUAAAGACGAGCUCGGCAGCAACACAAAUAGCGGCUCUUCGCUGGUGCUCUUAAAAUGACAUUUGAGAGAAGGAGGCAAAUGGCUGAUUUUGACACAAGAUGUGGGACCCACUACCAAAUCCGCCUGAGUACACCUGCUGCGUUCCCUCACAGCAACGCCCCACUUCCCCGACCCCCACCAAUGAAAGCCCGGAAUUGCAGAUGUCCCAGGAUAGUAAGCCGGGAGAAGAAAACCCACCCACGAAGGACACAAAGAAGUCCGAUGAAGGUCCAGCACCCCCCAUCCCACCCCCCUUCCUUCCACUCUCUUCCACCCCCCCACUCCUCAUUCCGCCCGUUUGCCGCACUUCAACAUACGUCUUUAACCUGCAUCCUUCUGAACGGCAGAUGGAGUUUUAUUCCGAAGAUCCUCAAGGCUGCUGUGGAACCUCAACUCACUGUAUUCAUACGUGUUGCUGUGUGUUAUCAUAGAUAGUUGUUUACAAUCAGAGGUAGCUUUUAUUGCCUUGGUUAGGUGUGUUUUUAUGUUCUAUUUUUAUGUUGAAGGUGACUGCCACAGGUCAAACAUGUGUCUCUUUUUGCUUACUCAUUUUGAAGCAAUAAAGCUUUGACAAAGGCCCUUUCUUGCAAUCAUUACUGGACUUGGGGUAGCUUCUAGAUGCUGGACAAUUCCAGCUUUCACAUUCGUGCUUACCAUUGAGUUAGGGUUGUGGCAACUUCCAGAUUCUGGAAGAUUCCACAUUCCAUAUUGUGGACAGUUCCGUUAUGGAAAUGCAGAAUUUGGAAGCCUUCCACAUUCUCGCUUAUCAUCGGGUUA